CGGCACCCUUUGAAAACGCUGCAUGCGAGCUUAGGGGUGACUAAUUGCUCGGAUCUGGCAUUGCUUCGAGCUCAAAAUCAACAGCUGCAGACGUUCCUGAAUAAUGUCGCGCUGGGUCCGCGCUGGAGGCGAGCAGUACAACCAAGCACCAAGGCAGCCGCCGUCCGCCGCGCACCAGGCGACGCGCGACCGCGCCGCGUACCUCGCGCAAGCUAGGCAGCGGUCGAAGCAGCAGCGCGACUACUUUGAUGAUGAUGAUGACGACGAUGAGGACGAGUUGCUCCGAGAGACGGCGGCGCCAGCUGCUGAUGACGACGAGGUGGACCCGCUCGACGCGUUCAUGGCUGGCAUGGCAGCCGAGGAGCCACAAAGAAAAAAACCGCGGCCGGCGCGCCUCGACGAGGCCGCGCGCGACGCCGUCGACGACGACCAGUACGCUACCAAUAGAAGGGAGCAACUGAAGAAGGCGCCCGCCGAGAACAAGGCUGACGACGGCGAGGGCGUCGCGUACAUCGACGGCCGCGCGGUCGUCGACCGGUCCCAGAAGAAGCGCAUCGCGAAGCUGGCGCCGGCGGACCACCGGCGGAGUUAUGAUGAGGUGGAGUCCUGUUUCAUUCCCGGCGGCCUGGAGGCCUGGAACGCGUCCCAUGGAGACGGGUCUGUUGCCGGCUCGGCGACGGCGCCGAGCGGCGGUUCGAUAAAGCCGGCGCCGUCCUUCGCGGCCAUGUUCGGUGCCGCUCCUAAAGCCAGUUGGUUGUUAAAGGGCGCGGCGCGGGCGGGCCUGGAGCGGCCGACGGCCGUGCAAGCAUUGACGGUGCCCGCGGCGCUGUGCGGCUGCGACGUGCUCGCCGUGGCCGAGACGGGCUCCGGAAAAACACUAGCCUUCGGCUGGCCCCUGUUGGCCCACGUCGCCGCGCAGGAGGCGUCGCGCGGGUCGGAGCCGGUGGCCUUGGUCGUGGUCCCGACGCGGGAGCUCUGCGAGCAGGUCUACCGCGAAUUAACAAGGCAUGCCAAGUACGCCCCCCGGACCGUCGGCACGGUCGCGGUUUUUGGGGGCGCCGGGAAGUGGGAGAUGGCCCGCGAACUCAAGAAGGCUGGGAGCGACGUCGUCGUCGCGACGCCGGGCCGGAUGAUGGAGUUCAUCCAGGAGCAGGUCGUGGAUCUCCAGGAGCGGUGUACGUUUCUCGUGGUCGACGAGGCCGAUCGCAUGUUCGAGCUCGGCUUCCAGGACCAGCUGACGUCGCUCGCGCAGCGCAUCCGGCCCUCUAGACAGGCCAUCUUUACAACAGCAACCCUACCGCCGAAGGUCGACGGGUUGGUGCGGUCCGCUCUGUGCAAGGAGCGCCUCGCGCGCGUCGUCGUCGGCGCCUACGCGUCUUCAUCAUCUCCGGCCGCCACGGAGAACGUCUUGCAGAAGACACACGUCCUCCCAAGCCGGGACGCGCGCCUCCAGUGGCUGCUCUACGCCCUGCCUUCCUUGAUCCAGAAGGGUCGCGUCGUCGUGUUCUGUGGAAGACGGACGGAAUGUGAAGUAGUCACGGGCGCGCUGCGGCAGCGACGCGUCGCGCCGUGGACGGCGUGUUUGCACGGCGACGUUGAUGGUGUAAGACGGUCGUCGGUGUUAACCGAUUUCCGGAACGCGCACGGCGGCGUGCUGGUCGCCACGGACGUCGCGGCGCGCGGUGUUGAUGUGAAGGGCGUCGCGUGCGUCGUGAACUACGACGUGCCGUCGUCCAUGGCCCAGUACGUGCACCGCGUGGGCCGGACGGCGCGCGCGGUCGCGGGCGACGCCGACGUGUCCUACGGCGAAGCUCAUACACUGCUCUGCCGCGGGUCGCGCGACGACGAGGCCUUUUCCAAACAACUCGUCAACAGCCUGCGCGGCUCCGCGCGCUCGCCGCCCGACGCCGACUUGUACAAAUUCGCGAAGAUGAAGCCGAUCGGCGCGGGUGGUUCCGUCGCGGCGGCGCCGGCGGCUUUCUCCCGUCCGCAGAGUGCGGCGCCGGUCGCGCGCAAUCCACUCUUUGCGCCGCCGCCACCGACGGCCGCGUUCGCGCCGCCGCCGACGUACGCCGCUCCGCCUCCGCCGACAUAUGCAGCUCCGCCGCCACCGCCGCCGCCCGCACACGCUGACGCGGACCGCGCGGCCGCCGUCGAGGCGGCGCGGCGGAUCGCGGCGCGGCUUGCUGGGGGUGGGUAUAAGUAG